UGGUUGCAUUGCACUUGCCUCAUGAUGCAUUUUCAGUUGUUUGCGGGUGAGGAACUCCCUCGGGACGUCAUUUGCCGUCGCCAGUCCUUCCAACUCAAGUACAGGAAAGUGCACCUGAUUCCCGACUUCCCUCGAUGAAGAGAUCAGUCGUGUCUACUCUUCUGGCCGACUUCUCUGUCCUCCGUCUUCUAUCCUAACCAAACAUCGACCAAAAUUCCAUCUUCCAACGAUAGCUUGUUACUGCUUUACCUUACCUUGUUUACUUACUGUUGCAUCAAAUCCUCUGACACAAAGGUACCAUCGCGGCCGAUGGAUGAUGAUUCUGCAAUGGCUAACCCAUCACAGAUUCCCAUCAUCCUCCAUCAGUCUCCAGCUCUCAUACCCACAUCCAUCAAGGCUUCAUCGAUCUAUCUCGACGCCAUCAUGCAUUUCAUCAAGCUAGCCACCGGCACUUGCAUCAUUGCAGCCAGCAGUGCUGUCGCUCAACAGAGCCUUGGUCAGACGCAGUCCUACGAGCAGGUCUCUAGCAUGACUGUCAAUGCCCUCGUCAACGACUUCCGCUACAAUGGCGAUGUCACCGUCCUUCGUGGUCUCAUCGACAUUGCCUUUGCUGCAUUGCAGUCUGAAGCCGCUCUGGUUGCAUCUUGUCUCCAGUCCAGUAGCAGCAGCACUUCUUCUGGGAAGGGUAAUUCACCUGCCACCUCGGCACCAACGCCCAGCUCUGGAUCUGUCCUCAAUCCAAGCAUGCCCAAUCCACCUCCUCUCAAUGUUCCGGUGCCUGUCCCAGCAGGUCCCGGUCCAGUCAUCCCUCCUUCUUCAUCAUCUUCACCAUCUGCUGGUCAACCUGUUACAACUCCCAAUCAUCCAUCAGCUGGCCAGCCCGCCAAUGCUGCUGCUCCGCCAGUAGCUCCUGCAGGUAUCGGGCAGUCACCAUCAUCGGGCUCAUCGCCCUCAUCAGGAGGCUCAUCUCCAGCUGGAGGUAGCAACGUCCAGCCUCCCUCUCCAACGUCUGGCGGGAACAAUGCACAAUCUUCCGAUCCACUCGGCAACUCAGGUAGCUCUGGCUUCUUGACCUCGCUCAUUCCACUGUCACGAUCAAGUUCCAACGGCUCCAUGUCUGCUGGCCUACCUCUGAGCAACUCCAACGGCUCGGGCAUUCUCAGCCCUGCAGGCGGUCCCCGCCCUCUCGGCCCUGUUACCUCAGGUGCAAACAACCCUCUCGGCUCACUCGUGUCUGGCGUCGGCAGUGCUGUGACUGGAGCUCUCGGCGGCGUUGUCAGCGGUCUGCCUACUCCGCUUGGUGGUAUCGUCUCAGGAGUCAAUGGAGUUACUGGCGGCGCUCUCUCUGGUGUCGGCGGACUUCUUGGUGGUGCAGCCGCUACGCCUGCAUCCGGAGCUGGAGGUCUCAUCCCCAACGUCGCUGGAGCUGCGGGCGGUCUCGUCUCAGGAGUUGGUGCUGCUGCUACUGGUAUUCUGGGCGGCAUCGGAAGUGCCCUGCCUGGUCCUCUGGGUGGCGUGGUCUCUGGAGUCGGCAAUCUUGCUGGUGGUGUUCUAUCAGGAGUCGGAGGCUUGGUAUCCAACGUUGGGGCCGCUGGUAGCAGUCUUCCUACCGCUUUUGGUGGAGCUGUCUCAAAUGUUGGUGCAGGCGCUGGUGCACUCGUCACUGGCUUGACUGGUGGUAUUGCCGGCGCGCUUCCAGGUCCAUUGGGUGGUGUUGUAUCAGGAGUCGGAAAUGCAGCUGGCGGAGUGGUGACUGGUCUCCUCGGUGGCGUUGGUGGAGCUGUUGGUGGUCUUCUUGGUGGCCUACUCGGCGGCGGAGCCUUGCCAUCUUCAAUUACAGGCACGCCAUCUCCCGUUUCUGGUGUCGUCGUCUCUGCAACCAACGGAGCUGUCGCCACUUGCACCAACCUUGUCUGUCUGCAGGCAUCUCUUCCAGGGCUUUUGGGUCUUGACCUUGCUGCUGUUCCAACCGGAAGUUCAGCUGACUCUCUUCUCAACGUCGGCGUCAAGAUCCUUGGAGGUGGCAAUGCACCAGCUGCUGCACCUGCCGUGACAACCAAUCUCAACGCCAUCAUUGCUGCUGCCAGCCAGGUCUCAUCUGUGGUCAGUGGCAGUCAAUGCUCAAACCUCAUCUGCCUUCAAGCUUCUCUUCCAGGAGUCAUUAGUCUCAGCGUCGGAGCCAUCCCAACCACAGGUGCCAACUUGGGCAACCUUCUCGGAGUUGGUCUCAACCUCUUCAAUGGUGGUCAAGCACCAACCAUCGCCACUGUCUCUGCAGGUACCGGUUCAGCAAUCGUCGCCGCAGUCACCACUUCGGUCUCAAUCACUCCAGCAUCUGUGGCUGGACAACCUUCGCCAACUGGACAAUGGGUCCCCUACACCUCAUGGAUGUACAUUGCUCCUGGAGGCGGCUUGCUUUGAUUGACUUGAUUGACAUUGCAACAAUCAUGAUAAAAUAGUGGUGUCUGUGAUCGAUUAUAGGAAUAUUUUAUGACAGUUUCUAAUACCAAAGCAUGUUCUACGUACCACUCUGUGCCACUCUACUCGUUGUGCAAUGUGACCUUCAUCGUUUGAGUACCUCCUUUGCAACCUUCUUCUCGGUCUGCUCGAGCAGGGUCAUCAUGGCAGUUCGCCUGUCCGUAGCACCAUCUCCUUGUAGCACAACCUUGGUAGCGGGUAUGAUCUUUGGGUACCUUGGGUCCGCGGCCUCUUCACCGACA